AUGCCUCUAUUCAACAUCGCGGACCUUGACCUGCCGGGAUCCCCGCGCACCUGGGACGUACCUGAGCAAGCUUACGCCUUUCUUACCUCAGUCGUCCAAAUGUCUGAUGACUUCAAAUCUCGGCUGCGCGCGGCAUACCAGACAGACCCACGUUGGAAGACAGUCAUUGAUCAGCUUCGCGCCGUCGACGGUGACCCCGACCCAAUCAAGACCAAACUCCCAUACGUCCUCGAGGACGCCGAGGACGCCCUUCUCUACUCUAAACAGCAAAACGGCGAGCUUUGGCUUUGUAUUCCUGACUCAAUGAAGUCAGAAAUCUUCGACCUCGCACAUACUGACGGUCACCUUGGCUUCGAACGUACUUGGCACAAGGUGAGAGGGUACGUUAUCCACAAAGGUGCUAAAAAGCUUCGCAAAUUUAUUGAUCAAUGCGAUGAAUGCCGUAAGAACGCCGUCCCUCGCCAUACACCAUACGGCUCCCUCCAACCUAUCCUCCCGCCACCCAUCCCUUUCCAUACCCUCACCAUCGACUUUAUCACCGGCCUACCCCGCUCCAAGAGAGGAUUCGACGCAGUCGCUAUCUACACAUGCAAAGCUACGAAGCGAAUCGGUUCCACCCCAGGCCUGAAAACCUGGAAAGCGCAUGAGUGGGCCACGGCCGUCCUACAUGACUUCCAAAAAGGGGAUUGGAGUAUACCCGUCGUUUGGAUUUCUGAUCGAGACAAGCGAUUCGUCCAAGACUUUUGGAAAGGCAUAUUCACAGCACUCGGCACCAAGCUACUCUACACCGCACCCAUCACCCACAGGCUGACGGCCAAUCCGAACGUUCCAAUCAAACCGCCGAGAUCUGGCUCCGACAUUAACUGA